UUUAACUUUUAAGUCACCGAGACCAUAUUAUGUGGAUAUAAUUUGCUAAUUAAUUGACAAUUUUCAGUGAUUCUUUUGAAAGUUGUUUAUUAAAUUGACUUUUACAAAUUGCUUUUGAAAUUGAUUACUGAAAAUAUACCCUUAAUAUCAAAGUGAUCCCUAAAAGUACUUCACUUGAACAAAGAAUUUUCAUUCUAAUUAAGGCACUGCAAAAAGAAACUAACAUGGGGUAUGCUACUACAGAUGAAACUGAAAACAAGUCUGAUAGGCUACAAGAGCUCAAAGCAUUUGAUGAAACAAAAGCUGGUGUUAAAGGCCUUGUUGAUCAAGGUAUUCUCAAAAUCCCUACCUUAUUUCAUCAUCCACCUGAUAAAUAUGGAAAGGCCACAAAUUCAACCAACACACAACACAUUAUUCCUGUUAUAGACUUUGCAAAUAUUGACAAGGAUCCAAAUACAAGGCAAGAAAUUAUAACCAAAAUAAAGGAAGCAUCUGAGACAUGGGGUUUCUUUCAAGUGAUUAAUCAUGGUAUUCCUUUGAAUGUUCUUGAAGAUAUGAAAGAUGGAGUGAAGAGAUUCUUUGAACAAGAUACUGAAGUGAAGAAAGAGAUGUAUACUAGAGAUCGAACAAGGCCAUUGGUUUAUAAUAGCAAUUUUGAUUUGUAUAGAUCACCAGCACUUAAUUGGAGGGAUACUUUUAUAUGUGACUUUGCUGUUAAUGCCUCCAAACUAGAAGAUUUGCCAGUAGUAUGCAGGGAUAUACUUAUGGAAUAUGGAACAUGUCUAAUGAAACUUGGAAGAGUACUCUUUGAAUUACUAUCAGAAGCUCUUGGAUUGCAUCCAAACCAUUUGAAGGACUUGGAUUGUUGUGAGGGGAAUAUGAUAAUUGGUCAUUACUAUCCUGCUUGUCCUGAACCAGAUUUAACAAUGGGAACCACCAAACAUUCUGAUGUUAGUUUUCUCACAGUGCUUCUCCAAGACCGUAUUAUUGGUGGCCUUCAAGUUCUUCACCAAGACAAGUGGAUCGAUGUACCACCGGUACCCGGGGCUCUUGUUGUUAAUAUCGGUGAUCUUCUGCAGCUGAUAACAAAUGACAAAUUCAAGAGUGUUGAACAUAGAGUACUGGCAAAUGGCAUUGGUCCAAGAAUAUCUGUUGCAUGCUUUUUCAAGGCAGGUCUUAGAGCACAUAAAAAGCUUUAUGGACCUAUAACAGAAUUAUUAUCAGAAAACAACCCUCCCAGAUACAAAGAAACCACUGUUGCUGAUUUUAUAGCCUACGUGUAUGCAAAAGGGCUUGAUGGCACUUCUGUUCUUCAAGACUUCAAGCUUUGAGUUGGAUAAUGUGGAUUGAGCUGGUUUAUUUAGUAGUUGGGAAAUAAUAACAAUUUUCAAUAUGAUUGUAGAUCUUAAUUAUCUUGGACUUGAAAUUUUUGCUAUGCUUAUGUCUUGCAAAUAAUACAUUGCCAAGGAGAUGCCUAUUUCUAACGUUUGCUUGGUUUUGGUUUCAAAACAACGUCAUGUGUGGUGAAACUAUACUGUCAUGUGAAGCUACAGCGGCAUAUUUCGAUUGCCUCGUUUAAGUUUAUCAAUUGGUAUAAGCACUUGUUAGUCUGUUUUUGAGAACUUAUAGAAGACAUGUUCAUAAUUUGUUUUCAGCUUAUUUCUACACGGUUUUCUUGUUAACUUA